AUGGAAUCGGGUCUUCCCGCAACUUUCCGCGUAGGCGCUACGGCACUCAUCACGGGAGCUGCUUCAGGUAUCGGACUUGCCACAGCGCAACGAUGCUAUUCACACGGAAUGAACCUGGUGCUUGUCGACAACAAUGCCGCAGCCCUUUCGCAAGCAACAGCGAAGUUCCCUUCCGACGGACGCAACACCACCACAAGUCAUAUUCUCGACGUCUCAUCAUUCGACGCAUGGCGACAGUUGGUUCCUAAAGUCGAAUCCCAAUUCCCAGACGGUAUUGAUUUCCUAAUGCUCAAUGCCGGCGCUGGUAUAAGUCCGGCUGGGGAUAAGGGGGUGUGGGAAGAUCCGACAUACUUCGAGAGGACUUUUGCAAUCAACACGAUGGGCUAUACGAAUGGUAUCGUUGCCCUCCUCAACACGGUUACCCGGAACAAGGAUGUCGCCCGGGCUAUUGUGAUGACUGGAUCCAAGCAAGGAAUCACGAAUCCUCCCAGUAACCCUGCAUACAAUGCCUCCAAAGCUGCUGUACGGUCUAUUGCCGAGCAUUUGUCAUUCGAUGUAGAUAAAACUGCUCCGAAUGUCAGUGUCCACCUGUUGAUUCCUGGAUGGACUUAUACUGGUUUCAGCGCUGGACACUUCAAGGAGAAGCCGGCGGGUGCGUGGACUUCUGAGCAGGUGGUUGAUUUCAUGAUGCAGAAAAUGGCGGAGAAAAAGUUUUAUAUUUUGUGUCCGGAUAAUGAGGUUUCAGAGGAGAUUGAUCGAAAGCGGAUUUUGUGGACCACUGGGGAUAUACUGGAGAGCCGACCCCCGUUGUCUCGUUGGAGGGAGGAGUGGAAAGAAGAAGCUAAGCGUGAGACUGAAGUUUAA